UAGUGCGUUUUCUUCUGCCUCUCUAUGGAAACGUCGUUUUUCACAGGGCGUUUUCUUCUCUCUCUCUGUGGUUGAAGAAGAAGAAGAAGAUGAUGAUGCGAACAAGGUUGCUAUGGUCGAGCUUGGGGUUCGUGUCAACAAGUGCAGUGUUCUCUCAUUUCAUAUGGAAGGACCUUUGGGUUGAUCGCCACGCGCUUUCCUCAGAAAUUGACCACCAUUUUCACGCGCUCCAAGCUCGCGUCUCCAACCUAGAGUCCUCUUCAUCAUUGUCUGGUAAUCAAAAUCCAGUUUCUGAUCAGAUUGAAGGCUCUAGCUAAGUAUUAUUUUCUGCUCAAACGUUGUGUCUUCAAGAUUUUGAGAGUGCUUUGCUUCAAAGCAACUGAUGAGAAGACCCAAAAUUUCUUUUCCCUUUGAAAUUAGCAGAUAGUUUACCAUGAGAUUUUAUUAAACAGUAUGCAACAUUAUAAUAUAACAAUUCCAUUCCUUUGGAUGUUGAAUUGAAUAUUGGGUAUAUUUUAGUAAACAAAAAAAACAGCUGAAGUAAUAUUUCAUUGAUUGUA